AGGCCUGCAGGGGCCCUGAGCACACUUUGAAGUGCAUUCAGGGAAAGCAGUGGGCAGGCUGUCUCCCUGCCUUUCUUCCUCCUGGUUAACUAGACAUGUGAUUAGCAUUGCUGUCUGCUACCAAGUUUGCUCUACAGUCUGCCUGCUCUGCCCUCAGAGGACAUACUGCCUGCAGGCUACUCCCUCAACACCAAGCAUCCGGCAGCCUGCCGACUCUCGGACAUCGAACAACAUGCUAGGCACCAUGACGGGGAAGAAGCUGGACCUCUCAAAGCUCACAGAUGAGGAGGCCAAACAUGUUUGGGCGGUCGUUCAGCGUGACUUUGACCUGAGGAAGAAGGAGGAGGACAGACUCGGGGAUCUAAAGACCAAAAUUGAAAAAGAAGACACCAAGAGAGAGCUGUUGGGCAACACGACCAGCCUGACCGAGUCACACUGUAUCCGAUGUCUCGAGCCCUUCAAGUUCCUGGUCAACAGCAAGCGUCAGUGUCUGGACUGCCAGCUGUACACCUGCAAGUCCUGCAGCCGCUACAACAAGAAGGAGCAGGGCUGGGUGUGUGAUCCCUGUCACAUGGCCAGGGUCCUGAAGAUUGGCACACUGGAGUGGUACCACGAAAAUGUCCGUGCCCGCUUCAAGCGCUUUGGCAGCGCCAAAGUGAUGCGGUCGCUGUUCAAGAGGCUGAGCGGAGAGCGCAGUGACUCUCAGAAUGACCUUGAUGCAGAUGGAUACGAGGAGCACAGCAUGGACGCUGCAGAAAGCUACAAAGGGAUGAAAAAGGCCAAAAGGCGACUACCUGUCGAUCCCUUUGACUUUGAGCUGGGUCGUAAAAACUGCACAAACUCCAGAGGACGGUCAAACCAGGCCCAGGUGUCACAUGACGUCAUGGACAUGGAUGAAGGUUUGAGGGAGUCCAGGCUGGCGGGUGACAUGGCCUCUGUUUUCCACCAGAUCCUGGUUGAGCAGCGUAAAGAGGUGGAUCUGGGGAUGGCUCAACGGCAAGAUGACCUUGCGUACCGAAACAGAACGAUUCCCUCUCGCUCGUCUCACGGCUCAGUCACUCCCGUCGUGGGCAGCGGCAGUGCUUGGGGCCCUCGGGACAGCAGCAGCUACCUGCCAGACCUCGAUGACUCUGAGGAGGAGGAAGACCACUGCCAGCCCUUUCCUCUGUACCAGUCUCACCUGGGCCCCUGCAGCCACACCUCCCAGGAGAGCCUGAACUCAUCAAACCCUCCACCUCAGAUCACCGACCUGAACAGUCGCAUGUCGGCCAUCGAGAACCUCCUGAACCACUUGGAGCAGAAGGUGUCCUCACCAUAUGACCAGACCAGCCAGCCUCCGCUGACUCCAAACAGCACCUCUCCUGUUCCUCAGUGGGAGGACGUCGACUUAGAGGAGCAGCAACUGAGACGGAAGCUGCACGAGAUGACGGACAAUAUCAGCGACCACAGCCUGACCUCUGAUGAAGAUGAGUCCAGCAGGCCACUCUCCUCCCAAGACAUCCCAGCAUGGAGGAGCCACGAUGCGGAUGCCAAACCCUCGAAACUGCCCACCAGACCCACAUCCAGAGCCAGCAGUAAUAUCUCCAGGAUGGAGGAGGAGCAGCCGCAGUGCUCUGACUCACAGAAGACAAACCAUUCCACAGACAGUCUGGAGAGAAAACGGAACCCUCUAGAGGAGGGAUCAAAAUCAGGCUUCAAAGGCUCGACAGCCUUACUGGUUGAGCUGGAGGACCAGGUCGCUCAGGCAGCCGCCAACGUCCAGAACGCCCAGAGUGAGGUGUCUUACAUAGAGAACAGGAUUGCUGCCCUGAAUGCUGCAGGCAUGCCAAUGGACAAAAGACGAAAGUCUGCGAUCCCGGUCCAAGCAAGAAGACUUUCCCACAACUUUCCCACAAACCAGGUGGACAACUUUAUGAGGAACUCCCUCUACAGGGGCUCCCUGACACAGAGGAACCCAGUGGCCAAGCCCAAACCCAGGGCUCCCUGUGCGGUAUGACCCUGCUGUGUGGUGCUGGGUGAAGUGAAGAGUUCAGUUCCAAUUUAUAAAGCUAGAAUAAAGAAAACUGACACUGAGGAAAGAAACUACUGCAAAAAUGUUGCUUUAGUCUGGAUUGCUUGCUGUAAAAAUGUUAAUUUUGUAGCUGAGAGUUAUAGUGUGACAUUUGGGGGAAUUCACCUUAUUGCCAGGUUAUAUAAGAAGAUCCAAUCACUCUCAUAGCUUUAUGUCAAGUGCACAGAUUGUAUUAAACAUGGACGCCACCUAAUGGCUUCUGAAGAAACGUUAUGAAGCUCACAGCAGUCGUCGUUUAGGAAAAGCUGACCCCAACUAGCCACACCCCUCGUUAUGUAUUAUUAUAACAGCCUUGAUAUAAUCACAACGGAUGAGUUUGGAAAUCUGACCCUGUAUAGUUGUGAUGUAUAAAGAAACUAGAGACCAAAAUCCUUUUCAGUACCAGGCUGUAGACAUCUUAACUUCUGCUGCAAAAAUGAACAUUUUAACACAGCUCUUAUGGAGAGUCCUUGGCUUUUGGAGGCAGCCUCAAGUGGACACUCAGGGUACUGCAGCUUUGAGGUUAUUAGCUUAGCAUAAAGACUGCAGAAAGGACAAAAUGACUUAGGGUUAGCUGCUACCAGUCGUUCCGCUAAGCAAAGACAAGCAGUCUUAAAUUCUUCAGAUUCCCACAGCAGUGAUUUUGAUCUUCACAUCUGCUGGCAAAAAAGGUUUAUUCUGUUAAAUGUCACACUAUAAAUUUAAGGUUUUAAAUGUUCAAACUGACUCCAUGUUUGGAAGUGAACUCUUCAUUUUCUGGUUCUAAGCUUUGACCGUGAAGGCACCUGCUUGGAUAUAUGCUCAUUUUUAUAAUGUGCUUUGUUUUGGUUUGAAUUGAUGAUUAUUGCUUUAAUUUUUGCUUAUUCUAUUUCACUAAUUCUGGGCAUUCUUGAAUCGUUAAACUUAAGCCAAGUGUGCAACUUAAUCAUUUGUACAGCGGAGUGAUAAGGAGCUAAUAUGUUUGAGCACUUUUUAAAUGUUUUGUCAUAAUUAACACCAGCUUUGAGUUUUCUCUGUUGUACUGUGAUCCUGAAUUUGCUUUUUAACUUGAUUUCUAUUCAUCAGGAUUUAGCUGUGCUUGUUUUAAAGGAACAUUAAUAUGACCAAUGUGCUUCAGGUUAAUGGUUCUAGUCUUAGAGACACUAUUUGAGUCCAGAACUGGCUGCUGCCGCACUGAAAACUCUUCUUUAGCUUGAUCAUCACUGCUUGCUGUUUUAGUAUCCACCAUCUCACAAACUUCUCUGCACACAUGAUAUACUGUAUAUUAAAGCUCCUGUGAGGACCUUUAGUACACAAGACAAGGAUCACAGGAGCUUUAAGAUGAACAGUGCAUGAUGGCACAAGUUUGAUCACUCAGGGUUGAUUCCCUCUCUAAAGCUUUAGAUAUGAUGUUGAUCUUUAGUCUUUCCUCAGCCUCAGUAAUCAUCACACCCCUCACAUCUUCUUUUACAGACCUGUUUUUUUUCCUGCUGAACUUGUUCAUGUCCAUGUUGCAAUGACAUAAUGACUAACAGUGAAUCCAUUAACCCAAUCACAGCAUGACAUGAUUGAUUCUUUGUUAAUCAAACAGCCAAUGAUUGUGUCCGUCUGUGUGUCUCUCUCUUC